GCAGUUUCAGAACCGAGCUAGCUCUCUCCUCCCUGUCUGCCCAGCCUCCAGCAGCUUCUCCUCCAACAUCUCCCGGGCGACCCGCGUUGGACCCCAUGGCCGACUCCAGACCCAAGAAAGCCAAGAUCUGUCUCUGCAUAUUUCUAUGUCUUCUUGUGGUGGGGGUCAUCGCGGUGGUGGUCGGAGUCCGGAUGUGGCGCCACUCGUCCGAGCACAUGAAGUGGAACGGGACGGGCAGCACUGCCCAUUUUCAAGAAAUCGUCCUGGAGCGAUGCUACAACUACACGCAGUUGGUGCAGCCGGAGCUCAGAGAUAGAGACUGCCAAAAGAUCAGGGAGGCAUUCAGGAAUGCAUUUAUCUCUAAGGACCCCUGCAGUGCGACAGAGGAAGACUACCACCCACUGAUGAAGCUGGUGAAUCCAACUGUGCCUUGUGACAAGACAGUCUUUUGGAGCAAAACCAAGGAGUUGGCGCAUCAGUACACGAAGGUCCAGCGAGAGCUGUUCACCCUGGAAGACACACUGCUGGGUUACAUUGCGGAUGACCUUAACUGGUGCGGAGAUACAGGCUCUUAUGAAAUGAACUAUCAAUCUUGUCCACACUGGAAGAAAGACUGCAGCAACAACUUUGUUUCUGUAUUCUGGGACUUGGUGUCCAAAAGGUUUGCAGAAAAUGCCUGUGGUGUGGUCCAGGUGGUGCUCAAUGGAUCCAUCAGUAACGCCUUUGAUAGAAAGAGCACUUUUGGACGUGUGGAAGUCCAUAACUUGAAUCCAAUGAAGGUUCAUACACUACAGGCUUGGGUGAUCCAUGACCUUGGAAAAUUUCCCAGUGACUCCUGCUCGGGUUCCUCCAUAAAUGAUCUGAAAUGGAUUAUAAUGCAAAGGAAUAUCAAAUUUACUUGCCAGGAUAACUACAGCUCUGGCAAGUUCCUUCAGUGUGUGAAAAAGCCUGAGGAUUCAUCUUGCAGAUGAGCCAGUCUGUGUGGUUGAGGCCCUGCAGUAUACAUCAAAAUGCAUGACUCAGGAGACACGCUGGUGGAAAGCUGAGGAUUCAGGAGAAUUCUCUGUCAUAAUAUCAACACUGGAGAUGGGAGCCUUUUCCUCUAGAGUCUUAAAAUAACUUAUGUUAUUGGCAUAGUUUUUAUUUCGAUCUCCUAAUAGUCAAGAAAGAUUAAUUAUUGUAUAAAAUUAGAGUGGAAAUUUUAUAUUAUUUCAUUUUAAUUUUCAUAUGAUGCUUUAUGUUAUUAAUAUGUUGGUAACAUCCUUUCCAUUGAAGAAUGACCACUCCAAGCCUCUCUUAUUGGCAGGUCAAGAAAAGUAAAUGCCCAGACUUUUCAGAAAAGGUUACAUUUCCAAAUGAAUGACCUUGUUUCAGGAUAUAUUUUUGUACCCUUCCUACAGAUAAACUAUAAAUGCCAUGGUUGUGGGUCAUGUUGGGAAAAAUAUUCUGUAAGAUAUAAGCUACCCACAUGCUUGGUGCUUUACCUCUAAUCCUUCCGAUAGCCCUAUGAGGUUGAUAUUAUUAUCCCCCAUUUUUCAAAUGAGAAAAAGGAAGUUCAGAGAGUUUAUAUACUUUUCCCAAAAUCAUACAUUUAGUUCAAGGUAGAGAAUGAAUUUGAACUCAGCUUUAUUGAACUCCAAAAUUCAUGUGCUCUCGCUUUCUAGACUGAUAAAACCAGAUGGACAGCCCUUAUGUUCUCUUCCAAUAAAUGCAUGUUGGAUUAAAUUAAAUACAAUAGAACCUGAAAUGUGAUUUUCUAGAUGGCUUCAAAACAGAUACUUUUUUUGUCCUCUUCCUUCUCCUCCUUAUUCUCUUAUUUAUGUAGGAGGCAGUUAAAAUAUAUAUAUUUGUUCUUGAUGUGACAAUUUAUUUCUCACUUGAAUUUUACUUGAUUAGUCUUCCUUGGGGAUUAUCACUUUUACUACUUUUUCAAAGAACCAACCUUUAACUUUGUUGAUUUUCUCUUUCUACUUAUUUGGGUUUUGCUUUUGUCUUUAUUAUUAGAGAUAUAGAUAUUCUAAUCUCUUUGGGUUUCUUUAUUCAGCUUCUUAAGAUGGAACUUUAGAUCAUUGAUUUUUCAGUACAUUUUCUUUUCUUAUAUGUACAUUUUAGCACUAUAAAUUUUUCUCUGAGUGCUGCUUUAGCUGCAGCUCUUAAAAUGUUUGUAUAUGUCUCUUUUCAUUAUCAUUUAGUUAAAAAUAUUUUCUGAUUUAAUUGUUAUUUCAAAAUGUGUUGCUUAAUUUUUAAACAUCUGGAGAUUUUCUAGUUUUUUGGUUAAAACAUAGAUGCAUUGAGUGAAGAAUUAAUAAGCUAAUUUGAGAAUCCUUCAGGGAACCCACUAGGUUUGUUGAAAACAGCAUACAUUUUGGAGUCAGACAUUUCUGGGUUCAUAUUUUGGCAUCAUUCUGUGAUCUAGAAUGAAGUACCUAACCUCUCUGAAAUUCAGCUUCUUUGUCACUUAAAUAAGGAUUAUAAACUUACCCUCAACAAAAUGUGGUAAGAACUAAAAAAGAUGACAAAAAUUGACAGUCUAGCAUAGUGUCUCAUAUGUAAGAAAUCACUCACCCAAGAUUGGCUCCUUUCUGCCUGCCCCUGGUUGACAAUCCUGUUUCCUUCAGCAGCCCUUACAGCUACAGCCUGUUCUCCACUUAGGCACAUCCUUGUGGGAUGUAGUCUUGGCUGGACAUGAGAAUGGAUGCUAGGGACCAGUUCUGAUUAAGAUUCAGGCUUGCCUCCUGCCUACCUGCAGAAAGUCUUCAGAAAUAGCUCCCUGCUAAUCCACUGGGUAACCUGGCUGUUUUCUUCUCAAGACUCUGCCUUAUUGUUGGGGUUGCUUGCUGAGUUCUUGAUCCUUUAAGGUACCUUCCUGUUCACCAGGAUACCCCGUGAAGUGGCUCCCUGUGUUAGGAAAAUUUUGUUCUUUAUGUCCCCUUUCAGAGAUGAAAUGGAUUUAGUAAAAAUCAAUUUGUGAGAAUCUUCCCCCAAGAAGACUCAUUUAAGUGUUUAUGGUCAAAGCUGGUGGAGACCAAAGAGGAGGCUGGUCCCAAGGCUUCACACGAUGCUGCAGAGAGCCCUGAGGAGCCCUGGAGGUGGCUGGGGGCUGAGGUGCUAUUUUCUUCUUGCAGCACCUUUGUAUCUUCAUUACCAUGAUGUUUCAUUCCUGCCUCCGCCCUCUCUGUAGUUCCGAUUUUGCACCUUUGCCAUUGACCAUGCACCUCUAGCCCUAAGGACUUUCUGGCCUAUGUAUCUAAAUAGAUCCUCCAUAUCGCUCUUCUUAUAAGUGACAUCUCUACUGAAUUAUUGACUGCUUAUGACCCUCAUAUUUUACUCAUAAACCUGCUAUGCCCUGUCUCCCCACUUUAUUCUUGUUUGCUCUAGGAAAUCCUCUUACCAUGCCAACUUGUACCCACCAUCAUACUCACUCAAAGGCUGAGUAUGGGAAUGACCCAGAACCUAAUUUCCCUUUUCCAACUCCUAAAGGCUCUCUAUUUUCCUUCUGUAAUGGUUUAUGACCUUAUAAUAUUUGAGGCACACUUUCAAAUAGAUUUCUGAUACUUGAAAGGAUACACAUACAUACAUAUGUAUGUAUAAAUGUGUGUAUGUGUACACAUACUUUUCUUUUUUUAAUAUAUAUAUUUGUUUAUUUUAAAACACUAGAAAUUUAUUCAACAAGACUUAUUGACGACCUCUGUGCUAAGCACGGUUCUAGGUUUUGGGGAUGCUCAAGUUAAAUGCAAACAGAAAACAAAUAAAAGCAAUUGGUAUUUUCAGAGUGCUUGGUUUCCACUAGACAUUUAUAUACAAAACAUGAAAUAAGUGAGUUAUAUAACAUAUUAGGUGGUGAUGAGUGCUACAGGGGAAAAAAGUGAGGAGGGACUUGCAAUAUUCAAAAGCGUGGUCAGGGAGAGUGACAUAAGAAGCAGGUAAGAGGGGGAGCUCGCUCCUACCUGGGGCUGAGGAACGGUGUUCCAGGCAAAGUGCAAGCGCUCAGAGGUAAGAGCAAGAUACACUUAUUUGGAAAGAAAGUUGUCCAAAAUGGCUGAUGGACGCAGAGUCGAGGUGGUGAGAGCUUAGAUCAGGGAAUUGGGAGUGGAGAGUCAGAUUAUUUUGAGCUCUGUAUCCUCUAAUUCAAAGGAUUUUAAAUUAAAUCUGAGUGAAAAGUCACUGAAGGUUUGUGUAGGGACUUGAAAGGCUGGCACUGAUGUGGCUAAUAAUAUUGAUAUGUUAAAAAAUUUACAAAAAUUACAAAAACUUUGACAAUGCUUUGGAAAGAAUUGAAGAGUGACUCUGAAAGCCUUUGUAGCCACGUUAUCUUAUUAGUGGUAUAAAAAAGGACUCAGACUUCCUGUUUAAUGCUUUAUGUAAUAGCAAAAUGCAAAAUAUCCUAUUUCAUCCAGGAAGAACUUGAUUUUCCUCUCAUGGUGGGAAGCAAAAAUAUCUAGAAAACUAUAUGGCAGUAAAGUAAAAUGCAGUUCUUUCUCAGAAAAUUCUGCUUUAAAAGUAAUUGAAAAUACUGCUGCAACUGUAAAGGGAAGAGGAUGUACACACACUUUUGUGUUACAAAAAACAGUGUCUCUCAAUCCACAGUGAUGCCGCAUUCAGUGGGUCUUUCUUUAGCCCCAUGUCACCGAUUAUGUUGUUCUGUUUCAUGCCACAUCUGUGUCUCUUACAGACCUGGCAGACAAGGCCAAGUAUAUAUCAAAUAUUUUGGCAAAACACAUUCUUUCUUUGGCUCGACAGCUUUCUGUGCAUUUUAGCUCUUGUUGGAAACAAGCUCAACCCAGGAGUGCACACUCCCCGAUGGAAAGGAUGCAGCAGGAGCCAUGUUGACUUACUUCCUGGCAUCCCAUUCCUCCUGAGAACAACUCCUAAGACUGUGACUCAAGCAUCUCAGGUAGAAUCUGUACUGCACAGAAUGACUCUGUUUUUGUGGGUUUUUAAAAGGCAAGUACUUAUGUAUAUAGAGAAAUGUUCUGUAUGGCAAAUUAAAAUUGUAUGAAGUAAAAUGUUAAACCUAGAGUAUAACUUUAAGAGGCAUUUUAUAAAUGCAAUGUUAACCUAACAUUUUUCUCACAGUUUUUUAAAAAUAAUGAAGCAAUUUAUUUUUACUACAUGAGUCAUCAUUUUAAUAUGUGUUUUUUAUCAAUCCAUCAGGGAGUCAGUUGCUACCCCGAGAGGCAGUGGUUGGCUGGCCCUCAGAUCACACACACAAAGCACAGAAGGGUUGGAAUUGGUCCCUGACAGCAUUUGUCCUUGAACUUGAUUCACAUGGGUUCAUAUUGUCUUUUUCAUCCUUGAAUCAAAGUGCAAACAGCACAAGGUAGUGGGAUUAAGAGACAAGUGACCCAGUGAGCAAGUUCAUUAACAUCUGUGAAUCUCCAGUUUGGAAUAUAUUUAUAACAGAUAUAAAUGAGUUGUACUGUAAAAAUAAUAAAUGAGUAAUAAAGGACUUUGUGGAA